AUGGCAGCCACUGACGGGCAAGUCGUGGUCGCAGCGUCGCGCUGGUCUGAUGAGGGCCAUUACCUUCGAGAGUUUGUCAUCAAGAACAGACUACCAAACGUAGCUAAAAUAAUUAAAGGGCAGUAUGGAGGCCUUGGAGUACCGACAUUACCUAGUCCAGGUUUACAGAGCACAGCGCUUAUUGUUUCAGCGGGAAAGAGAAAGAAAAUCAUAGCUCAAGCCAUCAAAUUAAAAGAAGGACGUCGAAUGGUCAGUGUUGGGCCGCGAAUUGCCAUUCCUGAUUCUUAUAAGGGUUACUUUGAACUUCUUAGUGAAGAAGGGCGGGCUGUGAGAUGUAUAGAGUCUGUAGCUGAAUUAGCGAGGCGCAAAUUAGAGGACGGGUGCUUAGUGAGGGAGGCUGUCAGAGUUAUUUGUGCUAAAGUUGAUUUAGAUGGUAAUAUAACCGCUGACGGUGCGAGAAAUUUACCAGCUGGAGAGAUUAUAAUGCCUAAAGGCGACGUGUUUCUGGGAAAAAACAAAUAUUUGAAAUGCACUGACACAAAAGGUGAUACUGUAUUGCUAAGUUUAGACCAACGAGGAAAAUUUUCAGCUGUUGCUAAAGAAGAAAAUAUUAGCGGAGUACAUACAGCGAAGACACUGUUGACUAAACGAUUGCCGAUAACGGUAAGAUUAGUGCAUGGAUCACCGCCUAGAGGCUUGAAAAGUGCAAAUCAUUUUCUGCCAGAGCUUCGACUGCUAUCUAUUUUUGAAGAAGACCACGUAUUUGCUCUGCCUUUACAAAAGGAAGGCAAUUCCCUCAUUGCAUUACCCUUGGCGGCACCAUUAAAAAUGCUACGUUGCAAGAACGAGGAACAGAUCAAAAAUUUCAUGGAGUUCUCUCGAUUAGUAGAAAAAUGUAAUAGAUUGCUAGUAGAUGUUGUAGAUAGAAUUCAAGUCUUAGAUGGAAAACUUGGUGAUCCUAAAAGGCUCCUGAGUGCGCCCCUACACGCACCACCUUUGAUAAAAACAGGAUAUUUCUUGAGACGAAGUGCAUCCUCCGACUCGGCGAAUCAUCACAAACACAUGAACAAACAUAACCACAUCUACAGCAGUCAUCGAGAUGAGAAUAGCAUUCCUGAUGAAUACGACGAGAUCGAUCAAAUCUAUGACUAUGUAAGAGGUUUCGCUCCGCUUCCGAAAAAUAUUAAAGCCUCCUAUUCCAAUGAAAUAUCACGACACGAUUCUGCGCCAUCAUCUCCAGCACCGACGCCAAUUCACAUGCCCCUAAUAACCGAAAUAAAACCAGAACCACCACCUAUAGAGACCAUUCCAACCAAGAAACCAUUGAAUCAAAAAGCUGAAAAGCGAUCACGUAAAACUGCCAUUAACCCUCCAGUUAAGGAGAAAGUCUUAGCGCCAGUACCGAAUUUACCCAAGCUCUACAUUAAAAAUAAUGUAAGUAAUAACAAGAAUAGAAUGCUAUUCAGCCAAAAGAGUCAUUCGCCCACCAAGGAGGCACCUAGUCCCGUUACUAGUCCAGCGCGACCAUUAUCGAAGGGCGAUUCGCCUAUUUUCAACAUACGCUAUAAGAGCUUAUCAAACAUCCACCAAUCUAUGGAAUUGGACGGAACGUUGGAUUCCAGCCACUCGGGCGGAAGGACUUCUGGUGAUUCUGGGAACGGUCCAAAAUUACCAGAGAAAAGGUCCAGAAAGCUAAGCAGACCGAAGUCUUUGACGAAUUUAGUUUGGGAGCUGAAGGCUCGGGACGAAGUUGUCCCUCGGAGCGCAGAAGAGAGUUCCGACGUUGUAUUUGUAAUUACUACGGUCCCCGUUGUCAGAAGAAAAGACUCGUAA